AGAUAGAGGAGUAAAAUUUGAAAAUAAUGUCAGAAAUUUUCUUGUACAUAUCGGGUGUACAACAUCUAUUACUAAAAUUCCUGAUAAUGGUUUUGAUAUUACAACAACCUUUGAUAAGAUUAAUGUUGUGUUUCAAUUAAAAUAUCAUUAUAUUUCUGAGAAAAAAGUUGUUUCUAUUGAUGUUUCUAAAAUUCGUGAGUUUGUUGAUGCUUUUGAAACACGUUAUAAAAACAGUGAUUUUUAUGGUAUUUUUUUAACAAAUUCAGGUAUUCAAUAUAGUAAUGAAUGUCAAAUUUUUAAAAAUUCUCAUCCUAGAAUAUUUUUAUGCACAAUUGAUAAUUUAUUUCAAUGUCUCUACAAUAUUAAUCGUAAACAUAUUACUAAUGAUACAAAUACUUUUAAUUCUUUAACUAUGGAAGCGACAAAUGCUGAAGGGGUAUCACUUAAUUUUAAUGGAAGUUUAAAAAAUUUAACAAAUGCAGCGAUUAAAAAAAUAGAAUAUUUAGAUCCUGACAUUAAACGUCUUGAACAUUUUAAUAGUUCAAAACAGGUUAAUUCAAAGAAGAGAAAACAUGAUAAAAUUGAGAAUGUGUAUAAAGACAUGAUGCAAAGAGUUAUGAGAAAGAUAAAAAUCAAACAUCCAAGGAUUGAUCUAAAUUACCAAUUUAGAAUUGAGAUGAAAAGGAAAGAAGGACCAUUUAUUUUUGGCUUUAUCGGAGAUUCGGGUGUUG